ACAGCCCGCCCCUUUAACGCACAACUUUGCGGCGUUGUCACAUCGGCAGCUGCUGCACAGAUUUUGCUCGGUGAUGACCGCCGCGCGAAGUAAAGAGACAACUUUUCCCUAGCAGCAGUGUCUCAUCGCGAGGCCACCCUAGCUAGCUUUGUUUCACUCGUAUUUUCUGAAUUGAUCGUCGCAAUGCACGGGCUCGCCUGCCUCCCCGCCGCCCUGCUCGCCUUGCUGCUGACCGGCUGCUCUCCUGCUCGGGCAUACUUUGCGGAGGAGCGCUGGAGCCCCGAGUCUCCGCUCCUCGCGCCCCGGGUCUUCCUCGCGCUCAUCUGCAGAAACGCGGAGCACUCUCUGCCGUAUUUCCUCGGUACCAUCGAGCGCCUCAACUACCCCAAGGAGCGUAUGGCUCUGUGGGUAGCGACUGAUCACAACAAGGACAACACCACCGACGUCCUGCGCGACUGGCUCGUCAAGAUGCAGAGCCUUUACCAUUAUGUGGAGUGGAGGCCAAAAGAGGAACCCGAACGUUAUCGGAACGAAGAUGGUCCGAAGCAAUGGACGGACCUCCGUUACGAGCACGUCAUGAAGCUUCGCCAAGUAGCGCUGGAGUCAGCUCGCGAGAUGUGGGCGGACCACUUUAUGUUGGCGGACUGUGAUAACCUCCUCACCAACCCCGAUGUGCUCUGGAAGCUCAUGAAAGAGAACAAGACCAUCAUCGCACCAAUGCUUGAAUCCCGUGCAGCCUAUUCAAACUUCUGGUGCGGCAUGACCUCCCAGGGUUACUAUAAGCGCACUCCUGCCUACAUACCCAUAAGGAAGCAGUUGCGCAGGGGCUGUUUCGCCGUCCCCAUGGUCCACUCCACUUUCCUGAUCGACCUCAGGAAAGAGGCGUCCAGGCAGCUGGCCUUUCAUCCGCCGCACCCAGAAUACAGCUGGGCUUUCGAUGACAUCAUUGUGUUUGCGUUCUCCGCUCGGAUGGCAGAUGUUCAGAUGUUCGUAUGUAAUAAAGAGACCUAUGGUUACUUCCCUGUGCCGCUGCGGUCCCACAAUACUUUGCAAGACGAAGUUGAAAGCUUCUUGCACUCCAUGCUGGAGGUUAAUGUUCGAAAUCCCCCAGUGAUGCCUUCCAAACACAUACGUCUACCUAAAAAACAACCUGACAAACUGGGCUUUGAUGAGGUGUUCAUGAUAAACCUGCAGAGGCGGACCGACCGCAGAGAGCGUAUGACGAGGGCGUUAUACGAGCAGGGGAUUACUUGUAAGGUCAUUGCAGCUGUAGAUGGAAAAGCUACGAAUAUCAGUGACAUUCAUGCUAUGGGCAUCCACAUGCUCCCUGGAUAUAACGACCCUUAUCAUGGUCGCCCACUGACAAAGGGAGAGCUGGGAUGCUUCCUCUCCCACUAUAACGUCUGGAAAGAGAUUGUGGAGCGACGCCUGGACACCUCCCUCGUGAUCGAAGACGACCUGCGCUUCGAGAUCUUCUUCAAGCGCCGCUUGAUGAACCUGAUGAGGGAGGUGGAGGAUGAAGGAUUGGACUGGGAUCUCAUCUAUAUUGGUCGGAAGAGAAUGCAAGUGGAUCACCCCGAGAAAGCUGUGCCGAAUAUACACAACAUAGUGGAAGCAGACUAUUCAUAUUGGACACUAGGCUAUAUGAUGUCCUUACAAGGUGCAGAGAAGCUUUUGAAGGCAGAACCACUGAAGAGGAUUUUGCCAGUGGACGAGUUUCUUCCCAUCAUGUUCAAUAAACACCCUGUGUCCGAUUAUAUGAAACAGUUUGAAACCAGGGACCUGAAGGCGUUUUCAGCCGAGCCCCUUCUUGUGUAUCCAACCCACUACACGGGCGACCAAGGCUACAUCAGCGACACUGAGACCUCCACAGUGUGGGACAACGACAAGGUCCGCACAGACUGGGACAGAGCACGCUCGGGAAAGACUGGGGAGCAGGCUGAGAUCAGCACCAAGGCCCAGAACUCAGAUGUGCUCCAGUCGCCUUUGGACAGUACGGCGCGGGACGAGCUAUGAGAGGAACUGAACGAAGGAGCCUCUUAAUAUUUUACAAUUUUGUACACGUUUCAUCUUUGAUACUUUUGAUUUUGCAUCACAGCAGGGAUGUGACAUCAGAGUUGGUAGACGGAUUGAAUUGAUCCAGAUGUGACGAGUUGAAAAGGGAACGUGUGUGUCUGUUUGUAGUUUUUACUUUAUAAAGGCACUAGACUUGCCAUUUGGAGUGGCAUUUGCAGUACCCACCUUCUGUCUGUCAUACAGAAAUUAACCUAUUAGCAAAGAAUGCAAUUGGACUAACAUUUCAGUCAUCGAGCAGUUAACUUUGUCCUAAUCUGAGUUUAUACUGUGAAAUGCUUUUCUAAAUAUCUUAAGAUGACAAAUGCAAAUUCAAGACUUUCGCAGACCUUCAUGUCUUAAAUCAAACCUUAAUCAUUGUGAAGUCGUUGGUCCAAGAGGAGAAACAUCUGCAUUUCUUUUGCUUUGAUCUUUAGUAUUUUGUCCUUUUACACUUCAUAUUGCUUUGUUUUGAAUAAUCAUUAACCAACACGUAAGAUGCUUGCAGUAGAGCUUCACCAAACCAACAAAAAACACAGUUGCAGUCAACUCAGAGUCACAGCUCUACAGACUGCUGUAGAGUAUGCACCAAUGCUGUUCAUUAUUCCUGUGUCCAUUGUUUCCAGAUUUAUGCCGCCAACCCGCUGUUGACAUGGUUAUAGACGGGACAAACCACGGUACACGCCUCAAACUUGGUGGCUUGGGAGUAACAUGGUUAUAAAUGCCAUUUCAGUUCCCUCAAAAAGAAGCCACCCAACCACAUCCAAACACACAUUAGUCUCCACCUCUUAAUCAUUUUCGGUUAAAUCUGAAUCUGAGCAAAUUGGGUGAGUAAGACCCGAUGAAAGGCUCCUGCAAAAGAGAAUACAAACAACAUGAAGUCUGUAUCAAUUUUACAGAUAAGGUUUUGCCUCACAUGGUUUAACACUUAAGCUCCGGGAAGUUGAUUUUUGUAGUAUUAAUGGGAGCCGCUCACCCUGUGGAUCUUGCACGAAAAUGGUAGUGGUGCAUUGUGCCAACAAAAAAUAAAAUGUUUUAUUUUUUAAAAAAGGUUGAAUUUGUGAUUACUGUGAUAUUUCAUAUUCUCAUGCUGGUGUAACCAAAUGUUCUCUGUUCACGUUUAUGCAACUUUAACUUGCCCGUUGAAUUCUGAAGCCAGUUACAAAACAGUGUGAACAGACAAAAGACACGAGGGCCCACUUCACUUAUGACUUUGUGUUUCGGAAUAAAUUUUCAUUUUGUCACAGAUACUGUUGAUGCAUUAUUGUGACGGACGUUUAGUAUUUUGAAUGGGAUGCUUCUGUUACAGUAACUGUUCAUUGAGACCUCUUUUACACCUCGUGUGCACUCUGUGGAUCUCUCAGAACGGUGGUGAGCCGUAUCAUAUUUAUAACUAAUUAAUUUGUGUAUGUCGCUCAAAGCACUGAGUUUGCCCUCACUUGUCUUAGCUUUAUUAACCCUCUGGGUGUCACUGUUUUACUGACACUCUGCUUCAACUGGGAAGCUGUGAGGCAACAAACAACCCAAUAUAGAAGAAUUCAACUGUAGAGUAUUAGCUCCUCUGUUGAUUAAGUGAAGAAGAACUUGAUUUUUAUUAUGUAUUCUGAUGUAGUACAGAUUAAGUAUCACCUGUUUUGUUACACUAAUACCUGCCAGUAUCAAGGUGAAAAGUCUGUUAUGAAUGUCGCAUAUCUGUAAUCUGUCAAUACAUACAUGAUAUCCAACCUGUUUGCACUUCAACCACUGAGGCCGUAUCCGUUUUUUUUCCUAAAACGACACAAUCUAGCAACCCAGUGGCACCUUCUCACUACGUGUAGUGUGACAGCGU